UAUUUCCAGAGGUAAAACUUUUGCAGCUUUGGCCCGUGAAUUUAUAAAGUGUCCUUUGAUAUUGUUAAGUGAUUCGUAUCACUUAUCAGUAUGUUAUUAUAUUAGUAUAAGUAUGUUAUUUAAGUUAAUGGUACCAUAUAUUUAUAGUAAUUUUAGUGAUUACAACCAAAUCCAUUAACAUUUUGAUAGUUUUCUGAAUUUGAUCUCAAUGUUACUGCACACUGAUUAAUAUAUUGAUAAUUACAUACCCUCCUAAAUCAGCAGUGUUUUGAUUAAAUGUAGAGCUCCUAUAAGACUUUUGUAGCAACAUUUUAAAUUAGGCUCAUUACUAAACAGAUCCUCGGGAUGUGGUCCUAAUAUAAACAUGAAUUGUGUAAUAGGAAGCCUGUGUGACUCUGCUGCUCUGGCGUCUCUGUAAACUUCAGCCCUUCCCAUUACCUUUAAAGGAGUCUGUACCCUGAACUAAAUAUGGACAUGCACUUUCACAGGAUUUCGAAGAAUGUCCCAGCCUCAGUCUGCACCAAGGAUGCAAGCUCAUUGCAGUUCUUCACUGGUGCCGUUCAUUGCAAAACCGAGUCCAGCCUCUUUGCACCAGGAUUGAUGCCUCUGGUGGCUUUUUGGUGAGUGGGACGCAACAGGACAGUAGGACAUCAGCUCUGGGGGAGAAAUUCCUGAAAAGUCUGGUUUAAAAUAAAAGGAUUUACUGCACUCGCUCCAUCAACGCCUCCAAAGAAACAAGAAACCACAGUUGAUUUCGUCUCCACGGGUGUAGCCUUCACUCUUGCUUUUUCAGCCAAACAUGUCCAGGGCAAAGGUGAAAGGCCUGACCCGUAUGGGACGGCAGGUCAGCGAGGACCCAGACCUGGACACACUGCUCUCCACCCUCUCCCCUGAGGAGGUGGAGGAGCUGCAGAAAGACUUCAACCCAGAGGACGGGAAGAUUAUCAUCCAAGGCGAGAGCCACCCCAAGAGCAACAAUGUCCGGGACGCUAAGGUGGACAGUAGAUGGGGAAGUGACACCAGAGAGAGGCUAGGUCAAAGGGAACGGUCGUUUGAGGGCGAGCCAAAAAAGGAGAGCCGGAAGCAGGAGUACCUGAGGAAGAUGGGCCUGAGCCAGGAGGGGAACGAGGACAAAAAGGCAGGCUUAGAGAGACAAGCCAGUGUCUCAGGUGACCGGGAUGUCAGCGUGGGUGACCGAUACCUGAAAGGUCCUGAAAGUCGGCUCUCGAGCAGACACAGGAAGCAGGAGAGCAGAGAGAGUGACGUGAAAGGGGAGACUAAUGAGAAAGAGAAAUGUGAAGACAACAGGCUCAGAGACAGAAGAGAAAACCGAGAGAGCACAGGCAGCAAAACGAAGGACAUGAUCUCCAAGUUACAGGAACGAAAGGACGACAGCAGAGAGAAGGAGAGGAAAGAAGACUGCAAGAGGAGAGAUGACAGCAAAACCAAGGACAUUAUUUCAAAGCUACGGGAAAAAAGCGAAAAGGAUGUGGCCAAGGAAAAGGAGAGGAAAUCGGAGAAUUUCAGAACACAAGGACUUGUCUCUAAAAUGGUGGAGAAGCAGAGCAAAGCACAAGAAAGCCAGGAGAGCAAAGCUGAGGAGACGAAGCUGAACGCCGACCAAGAUUCCAGCAAAGCUGAUGUCAAACUCAAACGGCAGGCGUCCGAGAAGGACGAAGCGAAGGUGAAACGGGACAAGGAAGAGAAAAGGACGGAUGGAGAGGAGCUGGUGAACCACAGCGACCGCGUGAAGGAGAAGGGGAAGAAGGACCCGGACCAGGACCAGGACCAGGACCGAACUGAAAAACUUGGCAACUGCGUCGCCAAAAACACCCCCAUCAGCAAAGCGAAGGACGAAGAGGAGGACGACGAAGACUCCAGCAUGUUUGACGAGCUGAUGGAGCGGGUGCGGCGCGACGACCCCUCCCUCACCGAGCUCAACGUCAACAACUCGGAGGUCAUCAAGUGCAGGACGCUCCUGGAGUUCGCGGCGGCGUUGCACGGCAACACCCACGUCAAAACGUUCGCUCUGGCCAACUGCCGAGCCGACGACCACGUGGCGUACGCCAUCGCCGGCAUGCUGCGCAGCAACGGGACCAUCACCGGCGUCAACCUCGACUCCAACCACCUCACGGGCAAGGGCAUCCUGUCCCUGAUCCAGGCCCUGCAGGACAACAGCACGCUGACCGAGCUCCGCUUCCAAAACCAGCGCCAUGUGUGCGGCGGCAAGACGGAGAUGGAGAUGGCCAAGAUCCUGAACAAAAACACCACCCUCCUGAAGCUGGGCUACCACUUCGAGCUGGCGGGGCCCCGCAUGACCACCACCACCAUACUGAGCCGCAACAUGGACCGGCAGAGGCAGAGGCGCCUCCAGGAGCAGAAGCAGGCGCAGGCCAACGGCGAGAAGAAGGAGACGCUGGAGGUGCCCAAGCCGGGAGGUGGGGGGUCUCUGAGGGGCUCCCCCAGGGCCUCCCCCAAGCCUUCGCCCAUGCCCUCGCCCAUGCCCUCGCCAAAGCUGACUCCUAAAAGAGGAGCGGGGGGUCCAGCUCCCCCUCCACCGCCCCCUCCUCCCGGUGGCGGACCUCCACCUCCGCCGCCCCCUAUGCUGGAUGUAGAUGCCCUGAGAAACUCCUUGACGCCAGUGUCUCAGAGGAAGCUGGACGCAAAAAGCCCAGGUGGCAGUAAGAACUCCAGGGACCAACUGCUUGCAUCGAUCAGGGGAAGCGACGUGAAGCAGCUCAAGAAGGUGCCGGUGCCGAAGUGGCUGCAGUAAUAUUCCCUGUUGGAAUCCAAAGUGGAGAAAAAGGGGAGAGAACAGACAUCUCACUGCAGGAUUUCAAGGACACCAAACCCCACAAUCCCGGCUGCAGUGGAGGAUCUGCGACGUGGGGCUGAUGGAGAAAGUGAAACACCAAAUGCCCUUUGGUUCACUAUGAGUUCUCCUCCCAAACACUGGACCAAAAGGACUCUGGGGAGAAUGAGUGACGCAGGGCCCUGUAUUAGCCGGCUGCCGAGUGCUCAUGAGUUUGUGGUUGUUUGUCUUCAGUUCAUAUCGAUGCUUUGCUGGUUAUUUGCACUAGACAAUAUAAGGCCGAUCAUAUAACAUGUUGGCUUCUCUAUGCAUCUGAAUAUGAGCGUGGUGGUGGUGUGCGACAAUAACAAGAGAUUAGAAUAACUUUAUAAAGUCGAUAAUACGCUAUUUAAAUAGUGACGUAGUGGACGUUAAUCUGACCUUUUAUUUAUUUGUGGAGAGGGAAUCCACCUUAUCCUAAUCUGUUCAAACUGGGAUUUCUGAAAUAGCGGAAAUAUCAGGGAAUUAGCCAACACGGCACCCGACAUAAAAUCUGGGUACGAAAAAAAAAAAGGCCAGGGUGGUCUUUGAUCAUGUGUUUCGUUGCCAAAUCUCAAGACAUCUCAGGCAGGGUAUAACACAUUGGACAGCAGCCCAGUGGAAUCCUGGUGUGACGAAGAAAUAAUUACAUAAUGCAUUUUUACCAAGAAGUGCAAAUGGUUGUCGUUCAGUAUCUGAUGUUAUUUAGUACAGGAUCAUUCUAGCCUGGGUGUUUCCAUAUCUUACAUAACUUUUAUGUAAUACAUCUGCAUGUCUUAACUCUACGGGGAUUUGGGAAUCCAUCACAGGCUUUCAUCAUUUACGCCAUACUUUUUAAGUGAAUGUAAUUCUAAAAGGACUUUAAUGUGACAAACAGAAGUCAGAGUGGCUUUCCGUCGUAUUUGAUUACACGUGCCUUCUUUACAGAGCCUGUAUGUCUUCCAUAAAAGCUUCUGGUAUGUUUUGCCAUGACAAGUCACAGGUGUAACGUUAAUACCUGGCUAAUAUCAUUAAGGGGAAAUGUACAUUAUGUAAAAUGAAAUUAACUAACUUUUGCAGUUUUUCAUGAUAGAUAAAUGUCUAAUAAUA